AUGGCUUCAACCGGCGUCGACCGCCCUGCGCCGCCAAGCUACUCUGACCAGGAGAAAGCUGCUGUCCUUGGUGGUAAGCUGAAUGACGGUUCCCAUGCUGAGCCAGUGACUUCCCGCCGACUCUCUCUGUCUUCCGGUUCAAAGCACGACGCUACUCAUCGCCAGCUCAAGUCCCGGCAUAUCCAACUCAUCGGUAUUGGUGGCACCAUUGGCACCGCCCUCUAUGUUCAAAUCGGCAAAGGCCUUUUAAAUGGCGGCCCUGGCAGCUUGUUCAUUGCCUUUAGUUUUUGGUGCACCUUUGUUCUCGCCAUCACUUUGUGCAUGGCCGAAAUGGUGACUUACCUGCCCCUCUCAUCGCCCUUUAUCCGGUUUGCUGGUCGCUAUGUGGACGAGGCCUUUGGAUUCGCCGCUGGCUGGAAUUUCUUCGUCCUGGAGGCUGCCCUGGUACCGUUUGAGGUCGUAGCCUGCAAUUUCAUUCUUCACUUUUGGACCGAGGCCAUACCCACAGCUGCCGUUAUAGUCAUUGUCAUUGUCCUGUAUGCUCUGAUUAACCUCCUGGCCGUCAAGUGGUACGGCGAGUCGGAGUUUUGGGCCGCCAUCGGCAAGGUGGUGCUGAUUGUAGGGCUCAUCAUCUUCACCUUUAUUGUAAUGGUUGGCGGUAAUCCCAAAGGGGACCGCUUCGGAUUCCGCUUCUGGAACGACCCUGGUGCUUUUGCUCCUCUUUACUACGAGGGUUCUCUGGGACAAUGGCUAGGCUUCUUGCAGUGUUUGAUCCAGGCUGCUUUUACCAUUGCCGGUCCCGAUUACGUUUCCAUGGCUGCUGGCGAGGCUGAGAACCCGCGAAAGGUCAUGCCUCGCGCCUACAAUGCCGUCUUCUAUCGACUAACGGCCUUUUUUGUCCUUGGGUCUCUAUGCGUCGGCAUCCUUGUCCCGUACAACGACAAGGAGCUGACGGCGGCCUUCAAGAACUCUGCCCCGGGAGCAGCCGGCUCGCCGUAUGUCAUUGCCAUGAACCGUCUGGGCAUCACUGUCCUACCUCACAUCGUCAACGCCAUGGUGCUGACAGCUGCCUUUUCUGCGGGCAACUCGUACGUCUACUGUGCGUCCCGUUCCUUGUACGGGCUGGCACUGGAAGGCAAGGCCCCCAAGUUCAUGGCGAGAUGCACUAGGAAGGGCGUACCCAUUUACUGCGUCGGCUUUGUGCUGUUGUUUGCCCUCCUUGCCUUCCUUCAGCUGUCGGAAAACGCAGCCGUGGUGCUGGACUGGCUUGUCUCGCUGGUCACGGCUUCGCAGCUCAUCAAUUUCAGCUGCGUAUGCGUAUCAUACCUCUGCUUUUACCGCGCUCUCCAAGUCCAGGGGAUAAGCCGCGACUCCCUGCCCUAUAAGGCGUGGUUGAUGCCCUACGGCGCGUACUAUGCGCUCGUGGCCACUGUCAUCAUGGUGUUUGUGGGAGGAUAUCCAGUGUUUCUGCCGGGCCGAUGGAGCGUGGCCGACUUUUUGUUCUCAUACACCAUGCUUGCUGUAUUUCCUGCCCUCUACAUUGGAUACAAAGUCAUCCACAAGACGAAAAUUCUCAAACCGGAGGAAAUUGAUCUGGUCAAGGACCUGGACACCAUUGAGGACUAUGAGCGCAAUUAUAUUCCUCAACCGCCAGCGAACCGAUUUGAAAAGAUGCUAGACCUGUUGUUUGGAUAG